UUACCUUUAACUGUAGUUUAUGUCAGCCGACGGAAAGCCAUUACCACGAUUGGUUUAGCUCCUCAGCGUCUAUCCUGUCCUCUUCACUGUGUAACCGUCUCUCGCCGUUUGCUGAAAAUGGCGUUAAUUACUCCUCUACUCGCGUUUCUAUAUCAUUUGCCGCUGGUCUACAAAUGGUUGUUCAAGCCGUAUUAUGUCGCCUCCUUGUUUAUGUCACUUGCUUUUUUGGGGAUCCGCAAGAUCCCAGGCAUCUGCGAACACCUAUCGUCUACUCGAGAGGAUGGGAACUCCUGCGACUUUGACUGGAGAGAAGUGGAGAUCCUCAUGUUCCUCAGUGCAAUCGUCAUGCUGAAGAACAGAAGAGCAAUAACUGUGGAACAGCACGUUGGAAACAUCAUCCUCUUCAGCAAGGUGGCCAAUGUCUUUUUGUUCUUCCGGCUGGAUAUUCGUAUGGGCCUGCUCUACCUGACGCUGUGCAUUGUGUUUCUCAUGACUUGUAAGCCACCACUGUACAUGGGCCCGGAGUACAUUAAAUACUUCAAUGACAAGACCAUAGAUGAGGAGCUAGAGAAGGACGGCCGUGUGACCUGGAUUGUUGAAUUUUUUGCCAAUUGGUCUCCAGAGUGCCAGUCCUUUGCGUCUGUCUAUGCUGACCUGUCACUGAAGUACAGUUGUGCUGGUCUGAAAUUUGGGAAAGUGGACAUUGGUCGAUAUGGAGAUGUCUCCAAGAAGUACAAGGUGAGUGCAUCUCCUCUAUCAAAGCAGCUGCCCUCCCUGGUUCUCUUCCAGGGAGGCAAGGAGGUCAUGAGGCGCCCUCAAGUGGACAAGAAGGGAAGAGCAGUGUCCUGGAGCUUUACUGAGGAGAACAUCAUCAGGGAGUUCAAUAUGAAUGAACUCUACCAGAUGUCCAAGAAGCUCGGCAAGAAUAAGGGUGAGAGGAAUGAGAAGGCCAACGAGACCCAGUUCCCACCUGUGCCUGAAGAGGAGGAGCAUGAGGCUGAGGCCAACGCCCAGGAGGUGGAGAAAGAGUCCAAAAAGGACAAAUAGGAGGCCAAACUUCUCUUGAAUGUUGUGAUAAUUGCCACGGGGCUGGCAGGUAUUAUGCAAGAAGUAUUGAGUGAAGUGAGUGAAUUUAGCGGGACAGACUGGGAACAUGCUAAAGAUUGUGUUUUUGUCCCUUUUGUUUAAAUUGCGAAUUGCAAUUUAAUUGCAGAACGAGUUUUUUUUUUAAAAUAUGUUAAUACAUUAAUUUAAGAUAAAUCCUUCAUGACACCUCCAGUGGUGCAAGUUUCUUCACUGGUCCUGUGUAUAAUAAUGUAACUCUAAUUUUUUUUUAACAAGUAGGCAUACUGAUAAUCUAAUGAAGCAUUUCACGCUUUCUACCUCUGGUAGCAUGAUUUAAUUGUGGUUGUAAUCCUUAACACAGUUGAAUUGAACAAGACUACAAGCAGAAGACUACUGUUUAUUAUUUACGUGAUACCACUGGUCAUGUUUCUUGUUUUUUUGUGUAAUAUCUAUUUGUCAUUUUUUUUGUUACAUCGGCCUACUAUUAAUGGCAUUAGAUUGAGAUUGUUUAUUCUUCUGAAAAGGGACAAGGCCAAAGGUGAUUUGGGGGGGUGGUACUUCAGUGUCAUAACCCUGAAUCCAUGGUUCUGCCUAAUCAUCCAACACUCCAGUCAUUCCACAGGGUCCUGGUGACCAUGUCAUUCCAGAAGCAGAUGGUGACGUUCAUAUUUCUUAGGCAUUCUGGCUGCCAUCAGACUUUGUUUCCCCUACAACCAGGAUGAUUUUUUUCAUAUUGUGCACAUUUCCUCCACUAAGGUGGUCCACGCCUGAAAACACUGUGAGGUUUUCAGUUGUUUUUAGCUGACAUGUUUUUCCAUUAAGCCAUUAUAUCAUUGUUACUAUUAUUUAAAUAAACCUUCAUUUUCCGUCAUGGUCCUCAGGAUGGAUUAUCAGGUGGUUGAAUACAGCGGAUUGCAACUCCCCUCCCUUACGAUACAGGUUACUGUGGUCAACCUGUGUUUAUUUGUGCUUUGUAUAAGUGAGCCUUGCCUUUAAAAAAAUAAGAUUAAAAAAAAAAAACCUACCUUGAUUUAUUGUCGUUUCUUUCACCCAUCUUGCUCUGUGGUGACUGAAAAGAUUUUGUUUCUCAUAUCAAAUAAAACUACAUACGUAACUUCA